AUGGCAGAGAUCAAUUUACAAGAGUAUAUACCUACAAUACGUACCAUACUUUCAGAAUCGGACCUCAAUGUUAUCACAGCCAAAGAUGUCCGAGUGAAACUGGAAGAACGGUACAAAGUUGAUCUAACGUCGCGAAAACCCGAAGUACAAAAGCUCGUUGAGCAAUUUGAGGUAAAAGCUGAGAUAAAGGAAGAAGAUACGAUUAAUGGCGAGCGAGCAAAAAAAGUGACAUCACAAAAGGCAUCCAAAAAGACUGGGAAGACCAAAGGACGACCACCAAAAUCGAAACAAGUUAACAAUACUACUACCGCUUCUCCAAACACCAAUAAUAAUAACAAUAAUCAUGCAACGGAUACUUCGUCAAUAGACGAUGAUCGUCCUUCGGACUCGAAUGUGGCCAAAAAGAAACGAGGUCGAAAACCAAAGAAUGCCACGAAAAGCGCGCCUAAUGUAUCUGAUGAUGAGACGAAUAACAACAACAGUACACCCAAUGGCAAAAAAUCAUCGAAAUCAAAGAAUGGCGAUGCAACACCAAAGAAAAAAAAAACUUCAAAUAAGAGGAAAAAGACCGAAGAAUUGGAAGAUAAUGAUGGAGAAACUCCACCAAAAAAACGAAAGGGCAACACGGGAAUACAUAAACCGUUGUUGCUGAGUCCGGUGUUAUCGGAAUUUCUUGGCCAAGAGGAGCUUUCUAGGCUCGAAGUGGUUAAACGUCUUUGGUCCUAUAUUAAAGAGAAUAAUCUUCAGGAUCCCAAGGACAAACGAUUUAUUAUAUGCGAUGAGAAGUUAAUGCAUAUAUUUGGCAAGGAUCGAAUGCACAGCUUUACAAUGAACAAGUAUCUCACUGAUCACUUAAGGAAAAAAGAUGAUGCUUCUGGAUUCUCUCGUAGCGCUAAAGAUGGUGCAAGUGUAGCAGGUGGAGAUGAAGAACAUGAUGAGUUUAGUGGUGACCAAGCAGAAGAACUACUUGGUUCAGUAGAUGAUACAGAAAAUGAUGUCGUAAUCAAAGAAGAAGAUGAGGAAAGAGAUGGCGGAGCUGAAGAUGAAGCUCGUACUGAGGAGCUUCUUAAAGAACCAGCGUCAUCGAUGAAAAUCGAGUCAUCCGAAGAAUAA